AUGAAUUUUGAAGGAAAAGUGAAUUGUCAAAACGUGAUUUGCGUCUAGCUUUUGGUCUUUCAAUCAAAAUCGAGUUCAAAAUUAUAAAUUUAUCUGAAAGAUAUUCGUGUUUUUUUCACACGCCAAGAUCACUCAGAACAAUUGUUUUGAAAGAAAAAAAAAUAAAAAAGUUCGACGCCGUAAUUUUGAAAAUUAGGCAUGGCACACGCCACAGCGCAGGGCCCUGAAUUACUUCACGGGUUCAAACGUUUAACACGCUUUGAUAAAGGACUUGGUGCACAGCUGCCAGAAGCUUACAAGAAAUUCUGGCGCGAAUGGAAGUUGACGACACCUGCUGCCGUACAUUAUGUACCAAAGACUGAGACUUUUGAGCGUGAUGAUGUCACUGGAGAAGUGAGGCCUGUGCAAAAUAUACCGUUACCUUUAAUUGAUACGCCCGAAUCGCAUGAAGGCAUCUGGGGUGGGGAGGCUGUCAUUAAAGGUUUCCAAAAGCGUCAUCCUCAAAAGAGGCGAGUACCACAUUUUUGGAUACCCACACUUCGACGCUCCGUGGUGCACAGCCAAGUGUUGAACGAGUAUAUGUCAGUGGUGGUAACUGAUCGUACUAUCGAUCAAAUACAUGAUUGCCACGGUUUUGAUCACUAUCUUCUCAAGAAUCUUGCGUGUGAUUUACGUUCCACCCUAGCGCUCAAGCUAAAACGGAAAGUUUUACAGCAACUCUGGAAUGGCUGUCCCAAUUGGUCAAACAAUCCAACUGAGCGCGAGCGGAUUCUCAAGGAAUACAAGUGCUACUUAGAUUCGUAUACGGCAGAAGAAAUCGAAUGGUACGGACACACUUACCAAGAGGCCAUACGCAAGUUGCAGGCGCAAAUACGUGCAGAAAAUCGCAUUAUACCGCAUAAGUUGGAAUUUCGCUCGAAGCUAAUUGAACAACUAAAAAAUGCUGGUAUUCGCGAAGCUAGUGGCAGUCACAUCGGUGAAAAGACAGCGGGAAAAGGAAGCGACAAUGAUAAUGCUGACAUCGAGCGCUUAACUAAACUUGAAGCACCAUCUUCAUCUACAUCCAGUUGGCUGUCGAAAAUAAACCCAUUUGGUAAAAAACAGGAAACUUAAGAACAGUCAAAAGGCUUGACUUGCUUUUUUGCAAAAAAUUUAUGUUUAACUAGCAAACUUACAAAAUUUAUCGA